AUGGGCGUAAUGCCCGAGUUGUCAAAGGCUAUUCAGGAAAUGGACUGGAUUCUGCCCACGGAUAUUCAAGGUGAGGCCGUGCCUCUUAUUUUGGGUGGUGGUGAUGUGCUAAUGGCUGCGGAGACGGGCAGUGGCAAGACUGGAGCUUUUUGCAUACCGGUCAUCCAGAUUGUUUACGAAACGCUCAAGGAUCUUGAAGGCAGUAAACCGGCUAAAAAUACUGCUGCUACUGGUCCCCAAACUAUGCGGAAUUGCCACCUCAACAUGUUUGACAGAACUGAAGCCUUUGCCAUUGACGCCAACGGCCUGUUGUGCCAAAGUCGGGAUCCGACCGGUUGGCACGGUGCACGUGCCACUCGGGGUGUCAGAAAUAACGGUAAAUACUAUUAUGAGGCAAAAGUUACAGACGAUGGAUUGUGCCGUGUUGGAUGGUCUUCACUACUCGCGUCGCACGACAUUGGCACAGACGGCGAGAGCUUUGGUUUUGGUGGGACCGGCAAGAAAUCUCAUCGCCGCCAAUUCGAUACCUAUGGAGAAUCCUUCGGUUUAAACGACGUCUUAGGUUGCUACCUUGACCUCGACAACAAAGCAGUUAGCUGGUCCAAAAACGGCAAGCGAUUUCCAAAGGCAUUUGACGUGCCAGCUCAUUUGGUCUCCACGGGGCUGUUUCCUUCAGUGAGUCUCAAGAACGCAGAACUGUUGCUCAACUUCGGCGAGACGCCGUUCGCCUUCCCUCCAACCGAUGGCUUCGUCGCGAUCAAUGCCGCCGCUUCCAAAAACACCAUCGCCUCCCCCAUUGAUGGUGGGAAGUCGCAUUCGACCUUCAAGCCCAAGGCGAAUGCACCACUGGCAUUGAUUAUUGAGCCGUCGCGUGAAUUGGCCGAGCAGACGUUUGAUCAGAUCAACAAGUUCAAGAAGUUCCUCAGCAAUCCCAACCCUCGCGUCCAGCUGGUCACCGGAGGAGUCAGUGCCAAGGACCAGACCGAGGCCUUUUCCAAGGGGGUUGAUAUUGUGGUGGCGACCCCGGGCAGGUUGGAGGACAUGCUCUCUACAGGGGCGCUCUCCUUGUCCCACUGCCGGUUCUUCAUCCUCGACGAGUGCGACGGCCUCCUUUCUGCCGGCUACGGACCAAUGAUCCACCGACUUCACAACCUUUGUCCGAAGGUCACGCCAGAUGGCAAGCGUCUGCAAAUGGUGGUCUGUUCGGCAACUCUGCACUCCUUCGAUGUUAAAAAACUAGCCAACCAGCUCAUGCACUUUCCUGUCUGGAUCGAUUUGAAGGGCCAGGACACAGUACCAGAGACACUUCACCACGUUGUGUGCCUGGUGGAUCCCUAUCAGGAUACCUCGUGGAAACAGCUGUUGCAAUCCAACCAGCACAUUCACACCGAUGAUGUGCACAUGAGGGACAAGCUCAACGCCAACUACGAGACCCCUGAACUCAUGUCCGAAGCAGUCAAGAUACUCAAGGGGCAAUACGUCGUGCGGGCCAUUGAGGAACAAGGAAUGGAUCGUGCUCUCAUAUUCUGUCGAACGAAAUUGGAUUGCGACAAUCUGGAACAGUACUUCAUCUCGUUGGGUGGAGGCAAGUGUCCAUCCGAAAACCACAACAAAUUCAGCUGCGUUUGUCUGCAUAGUGAUCGUAGCCCUGUCGAACGAAAGGCCAAUUUGCAAAAAUUUAAGAACGGAGACGUCAAAUUCCUUAUCUGCACGGACGUAGCAGCUCGGGGUAUUGACAUUACAGGCUUACCCUAUGUUAUCAAUGUAACCUUGCCGGAUGAGAAGCAGAACUACGUUCACCGGAUCGGUCGUGUUGGCAGAGCGGAACGGAUGGGGCUAGCCAUCAGUUUAGUUGCUACGUGCAAGGAAAAGGUGUGGUACCAUUCAAACUGUUCUUCGAGGGGUCGCGGGUGUUUCGACACUCGUUUGGUGAAAAGCGGUGGCUGCUGCAUUUGGUACGAUGAGAAGCAAUUACUCGGUGAAAUUGAGGAACACCUCGGUGUUACCAUCGACACCGUCAGUCGUGAACUUAAAGUGCCCGCUAACGAAUUCGACGGAAAGGUAGUCUAUGGACAGAAAAUGAAGCAGGUUGCUCCCACUUAUAAGGGCCAUGCUGAUGUUUUGUCUUCCGCAUUGAAGCAGCUAAGCGCAUUGGAGAAGAAGGCUCAAGACAGCUUCCUGAAUCUGCGAUACGGCGGCCUCAUCAAAUAUUGA